AUGGCAAUACUGUCGAAAAUCGUUCCUAUUGGCUGGCUUGCUCAUAUUGGUGCAUGCUUCUAUCUAGUUCGACCACUUCGUACCUUUUCAUAUCGAACUUUUUUGACAAUAAUACCAUGCGGGAUUUUGACAUUCGUCGGUUGUAGUAAUCUUCCUCUUCUUCAUAUGUCUUCUAUGAUGAUCAUUGUAUUCUAUUGGAUAAUGACAAUUCGUCUGUUUCAUUUAAUUGUACUUUCAUCCGAGCAGACUCUCUCACUUCGAUCAUUUAUUGGCAAAAUCUUUUGGUUUUUUAUUCCUGUUAUAGAAUGCCAAUCGAAUUAUCCUGUUAUGUUUGAUAUUCUUUUAGCAAUUGUCAAACUUAUGUUAAAUAAUUGGAUUUUUCAAUGGUUUAUUAAUUGUGGACCGAGCGACAGUUAUGCCAAAAUGGCCAUGUUCUAUGUGUUUCUUUGUACAGGAACAUACGUCGUUGAUGCACAAAUUGCUCUCGUUCGACUCAUUACGCGCAAUAAAUACACUCUUGAAUCAUUUAACAAUGUUCCGAUUUUAUCACGAUCUAUACGAGAAUUUUGGGGUAGCCGUUACAAUCGAGUUGUUGGUUCGGUUCUUAGAGAGAGUAUUUUCGAACCACUUCGUCGCUCUUUCUCCUUUUCACCACCAAGCGCUGCUAUAGCCAGUUUUGUAGUGAGUGGUCUGCUUCACGCACAUGUGUCUAUUGCCAUCUUUGGUGUAUCAUCUCCGCUGCCUGCAUUUACAUUCUUUUUACUACAAGGCAUCGCCUGCUGUGCAGAAGCGUAUUGUCCGAUUGUUUUGCCCAAACCGAUUGGAAUUGCAGUAACACAUAUGUUUCUUCUUCUGACAGCUCCACUCUACGUUGGACUGUUUACACGUGCUGCUCCUAAUUUCUUCAUGCUUAAUGCGCCUUCAUUACUGAAUGCAAAAUGGUUACCUCAAUUGCCAGUGCCAAAAUUUUGUCCAAAAUAA